GUGGGCCUAGCGCCACCCCGGCCCGGCCCCCUUGUCAUUGGCAGCCGGGGUGGAGGCACCGGAGGGACGGCGGCGAUGUCUUCUUGCGGGAGCGGUGCCCGAGGCCUUGGCCGCCUUCUUCUGCUCCUGCAGAAGAAUGGGGUACGGCACUGUUCCUACUCAGCCACGCGGAAAAAUAUGUACAUCACUAAAGAUACAAAGGUUAUUUGUCAAGGUUUCACUGGCAGACAGGGCACUUUUCACAGUCAGCAGGCCUUGGAAUAUGGCACCAAUUUAGUAGGAGGAAUUUCGCCAGGCAAAGGGGGCAGAACUCACUUGGGGCUUCCAGUUUUUAACUCCGUCAAGGAGGCUAUAGUAAAAACGGGUGCUACCGCCUCAGCAAUAUACGUGCCGCCACCGUUCGCUGCUGCUGCAAUCAAUGAAGCCAUUGACGCAGAAAUCUCCCUUGUUGUGUGCAUUACAGAAGGUAUUCCCCAGCAGGACAUGGUGCGUGUCAAACACAGAUUGCUUCGUCAGAACAAGACUCGACUUGUUGGCCCCAAUUGCCCGGGAGUCAUCAAUCCUGGAGAAUGUAAAAUUGGUAUCAUGCCUGGCCACAUUCACAAGAAAGGAAGAAUUGGUAUUGUAUCAAGAUCUGGCACUUUGACAUAUGAAGCUGUUCAUCAAACAACUCAAGUUGGACUGGGACAAUCCUUCUGUGUUGGGAUUGGAGGAGACCCAUUUAAUGGGACGAAUUUUAUUGACUGUCUGGAUGUCUUCCUAAAGGAUCCCCACACUAAAGGCAUAAUAUUGAUAGGGGAGAUUGGUGGAAAUGCCGAAGAAGAUGCUGCAGACUUCCUUAGACAAAAUAAUUCUGGUCUGGACUCCAAGCCCGUUGUCUCGUUUAUAGCCGGAGUCACUGCUCCUCCGGGCAGGAGAAUGGGCCAUGCAGGAGCUAUCAUUGCUGGUGGAAAAGGCGGAGCAAAAGAGAAAAUUGCUGCCCUUCAGAACGCUGGUGCCAUUGUCAGUAUGUCUCCUGCCCAGCUGGGAUCGACUAUGUACAAGGAGUUUGAGAAGAGGAAAAUGCUAUGAGAAAAGAGCUGUUGGAAUGUCUCUGCAAAAGUAACACACUCUUCACUUCCCUCCACAUCUGUAUUCUUCACUUACUCCUGUUUAUUUGUCGGAAUACAGCAGCGCUCGGUCUUACCAAGCCAGCUCUAACACCACUGGGGUAGAUUUUGGUGGUUCUUCACUUCAGAUAUGAUUGUACAUGAUAGUCAGUGAAUAAAUCUGCUACUAAAUUUGGUUCUUUGAAA